AUGGCGGCUAUGGGUGGGGACGAAAGGCAGAGGAUGGAGGCUCCGGCAGGGGACAAGUUCCCGGAGGGGCUGCGCGUGCUCGCUGUGGACGACGACAGCGUCUGCCUCAAGGUACUGGAGGUCAUUCUGCGUUGCCGCAAAUACAACCCAACGACCAUGAUAGACGCGAAGACGGCGUUGAAGAUGCUAAGGGCGGGGAAGGCAGAGUUCGACCUGGUGAUCACCGACGUGCACAUGCCAGGCAUGGAUGGCUUCAAGCUCCUUGAGCUCAUCCACCUUGAGAUGGAUCUGCCCGUCAUCAUGCUAUCUGUGGAUUGCGACAAGAAGCCUGUGAUGAAGGGCAUAACACAUGGGGCGUGCGACUAUUUGGUGAAGCCAGUGUGCACCAACGAGCUAAAAAAUAUAUGGAAACAUGUUGAAAGGAGGAGAAAUUUUGAAGCAAAAACACACAUCAUCAACAACAACAACAACAACAAUGAUGAUGAUGAUAGAGUGCAGCCAAGGACUGCUGCCACGAGCAAGGACUCAGAGAAUAAGGGCAAUGAAAGAUAUGAUUCUAACGAGAAACAAGAGAUCACACACGUAUCCACCACCUGUAAGAAGUCAAGGGUGGUAUGGACAACUGAACUUCAGAACAAAUUUCUAGAAGCUAUUGACCAGAUCGGCCUAGACAAGGCCGUUCCAAAAAAGAUAUUGGAACUAAUGAAAGUGGAUUACCUCACCAGAGACAGUAUCGCAAGUCAUCUACAGAAGUAUAGGUUGCACUUGAGAAGAGUCAAACCAAAUCCAGUUGGUGAUGAUGCCUCUGAAAGACAUAACUCAUCCUACAACAACAUGAACAACCAGGGGAGUUUCAUGCGUAACCAUGAACAUGAAAGAUGGUGUAUGUCCUCUGGUCUUUUAAGUCCAAACAAUUUUUCUGCGAUGGGUCACUUAGCUCAGCCGACGAACACACAUAGAAACUCAUGCACGGGGUCAUUCAUCCAUGAUGGUAGAAUGUAUAAGUAUGUCGCACCAAAACUGUCGGAUGCAGGAAGAUUCGCUGGCUCCAUUGACCCUCCUGCCAACCUAUACAACAACAUACCCAAUGAAACAACUUUAGAUGAAUUUCCUUCAUAUAGUUUUGGCGAUUCCUAUGCUGGCCGCAUGCGUGGUAAGCUGGUGGAGACAAACAAAGGCAAGUUUCCAGACCUUUCAUACAAUUCUGCAACACAUGCAACGUUGACUGGUGUUCUUCAUAGAGGUAUAAUAUCUCCCAUCUCAUCAAAUGUGAACGUAGAGGUGCAAAAUGAAAUGGGAACGGUCAUGAGAAAUGCUACAUCUAUGGCAGGCUUCAAUGAGCAGAUUGUUCCAAAAGAUGCACCUAGCAACCAAAGCUUCGUAGGGAUGUUGAAUGCCUGCGGCAGUCGUCCAGUGUCAUCAUCUGAGAUGGUUAAGGGAGGGAGCAGCAGUAUGUCAGUAGAUGGCUUGAGUGAGCGGAUGUCACCAUUCAACAUAGAAAAAAACACAAGCUCAAUCGGAACGAUGUUGAAUGAAAACACCGCACCUGGUAACGGUAGAAUCUCAAUGACACAUACAGAUAUGGUUAACAGUGGAAGAACUAUUUCUACACUUUCCAACCAUCAGACAGAAAAUGUCGUCGCAAUGACUGACAAGCUUGAUGGCCGGGAUGCAGUUAGCAAUCACCCUAUGCAAGUGGGUACUAUUGGUCAGCAUGCACUUAAUGAUCAAUUUAAUGACAUCAAUGACUUCUCAUGGGAUGAUUUUUUUCUCAACCCGCUGGAUGCAGAUUUCACUAUCGGGGAUGAUUUCAUGGGUGGAGAAGAAUAG